UAUAAGCUGUAACCAUGACUACUGAAGUCGGCUCUGCAUCUGAAGUGAAGAAGGGCUCUGACCAGGCAGGAGCAGAUACACCUAAGGAGAAAGCUAAAGAAGUAACAGAAAAUGAGCAGAAUCAGUUAUCUGAGCCUGAGGAGGGAAAAGGUUCCCAGCCGGGUCCUGCAGUUGAAAGCCAAAGUAGUCCCCGCCGUCGGAAAAGAGUGAAGGACCCGUCUGAGAGUAGGGGCAUCUCUCGGUUCAUACCCCCAUGGCUUAAGAAGCAGAAGUCUUACACCUUAGUAGUAGCCAAAGAUGGAGGAGAUAAAAAAGAGCCUACCCAAGCCGAUGUGGAAGAACAGAUCUUGGAUAAAGAGGAUUCCAUUCCUGAAGAAGAGAGUCGGGCCAAGGGCGAUGCAGAAGAAAUGGCUCAGAGGAAACACCUUGAGGUUAAGGUGGAGGUCAGGGAAGAACAGCCUUCCUUGAAAACUACUGCUGAUACCCAGCCUGCUGAAGGAGUGAGGAAGGACAGAGAGGAGGAAAAGAUAAAGGAAGUACAGGAAGACAAACUGGAAGGAGAGACGGCCAAGAGGGAGACCAAGGAAGUGCAGACCAGUGAGCUGAAAGCAGAGGUGGCCUCUCAGAAAGCUACCAAGAAGACCAAGACUGUCCUGGCCAAAGUGACCCUCCUGGAUGGCACUGAAUAUAGCUGUGACCUUGAGAAACGCUCUAAGGGACAAGUGUUAUUUGACAAAGUGUGUGAACACCUCAAUCUCCUGGAGAAGGAUUACUUUGGGCUUCUGUUUCAGGAAAAUGCUGAGCAGAAAAACUGGCUAGAUCCUGCAAAAGAAGUAAAGAGACAGCUGAGAAAUCUUCCUUGGCUAUUCACUUUUAAUGUGAAGUUUUAUCCUCCGGAUCCUUCUCAGUUGACUGAAGAUAUCACCAGAUACUUCUUGUGCCUUCAACUGCGACAGGACAUUGCCUCUGGCCGCCUGCCCUGUUCCUUUGUGACUCAUGCCCUCUUGGGAUCCUACACGCUGCAGGCUGAACAUGGAGACUAUGACCCAGAAGAGUAUGACAGUAUUAAUCUUAGUGACUUCCAGUUUGCCCCGGCCCAGACUAAGGAGCUGGAAGAAAAGGUGGCAGAACUGCAUAAAACUCACAGGGGCUUAUCUCCAGCACAAGCUGAUUCUCAGUUCUUAGAAAAUGCCAAGAGGCUUUCCAUGUACGGUGUUGACCUGCAUCAUGCUAAGGACUCUGAAGGUGUGGACAUCAAGCUGGGUGUAUGUGCUAAUGGCCUUCUCAUUUACAAAGACAAACUGAGAAUCAAUCGUUUUGCUUGGCCGAAGAUCCUGAAAAUUUCCUAUAAGCGCAGUAAUUUCUACAUUAAAGUUAGACCAGCAGAGCUGGAACAGUUUGAGAGCACCAUUGGAUUCAAAUUGCCAAACCAUCGGGCAGCUAAGAGGCUAUGGAAAGUCUGUGUGGAGCAUCACACUUUCUACAGGCUUGUUUCUCCAGAGCAGCCACCAAAGGCCAAGUUCUUGACUUUGGGGUCCAAAUUCCGCUACAGUGGACGCACCCAGGCACAGACCCGCCAAGCAAGCACCCUCAUAGAUAGGCCAGCACCACACUUUGAGCGUGCCUCUAGUAAACGUGUCUCUAGGAGCCUAGAUGGAGCUCCAAUUGGUGUUGUGGACCAAAGUCUUAUGAAGGAUUUUCCUGGCCCUCCUGGAGAGGGUUUGGCCCAUGGCCCUGCAGCUUUCAGCUAUACUGCCAUACAAGAUGGUGACAGCCGGAGGGAUGUCAGGAGCCCAACCAAAUUGGCACCCCUGCUCGCUGAAGGAAAGAAAAAUACCUUGAGAGUAGAAGGGGAUAAUAUUUAUGUCAGACAUAGCAAUUUAAUGUUGGAGGACCUGGAUAAGGCCCAGGAGGACAUACUGAAACAUCAGGCUAGCAUUAGUGAGCUCAAGCGCAAUUUUAUGGAGUCCACACCUGAGCCGCGCCCCAAUGAAUGGGAAAAACGACGUAUCACACCUCUGUCCCUACAGACACAAGGGAGAAAAGGAGACCAUCUUUUCAAGGAUAUUCUGUCCAUGAAGGAGAAGUACCUGAUGGCGGCUGCGCGGACAGUUGAAGAGGAAGCUCAGGCGGACAAGAGUUCACAUGAGACUCUGAAUGUAGUGGAGGAGAAGAAGCAGGCAGAGGUUGGGAAAGACGAAAGAAUAAUCACAGAAGAAAUGAAUGGUAAAGAGCUAUCAGCUGGGAGUGGCCCUGGGGAGACUCGUAAGGUGGAGCCGGUGGCACAAAAAGACUCCACCUCCCUGUCUUCUGAGAGCAGCAGCAGCAGUGACAGUGAGGAGGAAGACGUGGGGGAGUACCAGCCCCACCACCGAGUGACCGAGGGCACCAUAAGGGAAGAGCAGGAGGAGUAUGAUGACGAGAUGGAGGAAGAGCCCGGCCAAGCAGCCAAGGUAGUAGAGAGGGAGGCAGCAAUGCCUGAAGCCAUGCCAGACAGACAAGCAGAGGCCAGUAUACUCACAGUAGAAACAGAGGCCCAGGAAAAUGUAGUUGCCCAAAAGAUACCCGGAGAGAAGAGUGCACACGGAGGCACUGUUAAGCAAGACAUGACAGAAGAAACAGAGGAAGAGCAACACAGAGUUAACGGAGAGGUGCCCCAUGUUGACAUUGAUGUUUUACCAGAAAUUAUUUGUUGUUCAGAGCCACCAGUGGUAAAAACAGAGAUGGUAACAAUUUCUGAUGCCUCACAAAGGACAGAAAUCUCCACCAAGGAAGUCCCCAUUGUUCAAACGGAGACCAAAACCAUCACAUAUGAGUCUCCACAGAUUGAUGGCGGGGCUGGUGGUGAUUCGGGCACGUUACUGACCGCACAAACCAUCACAUCUGAGUCCGUGUCAACAACGACAACCACACACAUCACCAAGACUGUAAAGGGUGGAAUAUCAGAAACAAGAAUUGAGAAACGUAUUGUGAUCACAGGAGAUGCUGCUCUUGAUCACGAUCAGGCGCUGGCUCAGGCAAUUAGGGAAGCCAGAGAGCAGCACCCUGAUAUGUCGGUCACGAGGGUAGUAGUACACAAAGAAACAGAGCUGGCGGAGGAAGGAGAAGAAUAAGAAAGUCAUUUUUUAAACAACAUUCAACUUCAUGAAUCUGAAGAACUUUGACCAUUCCAAGUCUUAACGCCACACCACUACUCCAGCAAAUUUGUGCUACAACUGGUAACAUUGACCAGAAGCCUGAAGAAUUAAAAUGCCAACACCAAACCUUACAUUAACAGCUCUGGUCCAUACUACUCCCAUGCAUUUCUAAUAUAUUAUUUGUUUUAUAACCACUUCUAAAUAUUCCUGCUUCCUCUCUCUCUCUCUCUCUCUCUCUCUCUCUCUCUCUCUCUCUCUCUCUCUCUCUCU